CACAACGAAUGCAUGAACGCACGGACUCAUGUACAUUUGUCUGCGUGCUCAACAAGAGCCACCAAUUGCAUUGUCUGUCGUCUGCGAUUCUGUCCUGUGCCACUUGACACACAAGCUCAUUCAUGCCUCGAAAUGGUAAUCCGCCUCCUGACAGAACAAAAGACGACCAGACACACGCACCAAAACAGACACAUGCACCACACGUAACACAUGGAUGUGCAUAUCAUCCCUCACCUUGCUGGCUCUGAACGCUUCGGCAGCCACUCUGGCCUCCUCGACGUUGCCAUUGUAGUUCUUCGGGUUGAAGUAGGCGUACCGCUGCUGCGCGCCCUCGUACCACGUGACCACCCACCUCUUCCUCGCCUUCCCCCAGCUGACACCCGUCACCUCGCUGCGCGGCACGCCCUCCUUCGCCUUGCCCUUGCCGUUCCUGCGCGGCCCGUAGCCGGCCCACAUCUCACGCGCUGCUUCUUCUGCCAGUGCCUGAUAACCAAAAACGUCAUUUGUCCCUCCUCCAAUGCCUACCCAUUACGUGUCUCUCGUCUUUCCACCUGUGCCUGUUCAGGUGGGAGGUGUCGUGUGAUCUUGAACAGACGCCCUGGGAUUUUGCCCCUCUGGUUGUUUGGUGGUUGUGCAAGCCAGGCGUUGUCGCGUUUGACGAACGACACUCCCGGUACGUCGGACUUGUACACACCUGAUGAGAUCACGGCCUUCCCCUUGGGCUUGCCGGUGCCCAGGGGGUGGGGCGUGGGGUUGGUGAUGUACACGCGAUGCUGUCCGCAGUGACGCAUGGCCAUGUCACGAUCCGAUCGCGGCGGCAUGACUGAACACACAACACACACACACACGCCAACCGCCGUGGGGCUCUGAUGAUUGUCACCCGCGCCCCAUUACCUAUCUUGUCAUCCUUGUGUUGCUCUUUCUUCAGCUCUUUCUCCAACAUCUCGGGAACGUCGGCAAGUCGAACACGGUCCCUCUGUGGAUUGACGCAUCCAGGGAUGUGCCAUGUUGCGGGCCUUUGUUUUUCUGGAGUCAUAUUACCCUCAAUCUCUGUGCGAUGGUCCCUCCCUCCCUAUCCGCCGCGCCGACCUGGCCCUCAGAGCUCACGCAAUCACGACCCUCCUGCACACACAGACCCACACACACCACCCACACACCAACACAGAUCACACCACCACCACCCCCUUCCCCCCCCCCCCACACACACAAAGGCUGUUGACGUGUGUGUUAGUGUGCUGUGGUGGUGUGUGGUCGCCUGAUGGAUCAUUGUCUCACUGGUGCGUCAGCGUCUGUGUGUGGCUGCCGUGCAGUCGUCUGUGGUACCUGCUUUGGGCUGUCGACGCCCGUGUGUGUGUUGGACAGGUAGUAGCGGUUGUUGCCCUUCUUGACGAUGAAGCAUGCCGCCACCAACUCAUCCAAACAAUCUGACCACGGAAACAUACACACGGAGGGAGAGAGGGAUGUGUGUGAGUGUGUGUGAGUGUGUGUGAAGGUGUGUAGUGUGGGUGUGUGCCGUUGCGAACCGUCCAUCUGUUGCUGUGUGUGGUUAGGGAAUGCCUCCAACAGCUUCUUCUUGACUGCACUCACACACACGUCAAGUGAAUGGCAAUUGGUGGCUGGCUGUUUCCUGCCAGGCACCAUCGGGGCUAUGUGGUCGCUUCUUGCGGUUGCGGGGCUUCUGCGGCUGGUCGUCUGCGAUCUCCUCCCCCGCCCCAUUCAUGUGGAUGUCAUCAGCGUCAUGAUCAUCAUCGCGGCUCGGGGCAGACGACGAUGCCACGGCCAGUGUGGGGUGCUCUGCGAGGCGUGGGCUGCGGCGGGGCGGGGGAGGGGCGGAUGCAGCUGUGUGCAAUGUGGGCGGGUGGUUGAGCUCCACCGUCUGCGCAUCCACCUCCAUCGGGGCCGCACCAGCAGCAUCAUCAUUCAUGGUGGGUUGCUGUUGGGCUUCUCGCCACGCCGCAAUGAUGGCAUCGAGAUCUGGCGGAAACCUGUACCAGCGGCCUACCUCCUCAGUCAUCUGAAAGUGCGAUUACUCAGUCGAAAC